AUGCAUUGCCACCUAAAACAUGGCUGCAUUAUGUGAACAUCGUGAGGUCAUAAGUGUGCGCAGUGAGCUUUCAGCUGAUUGGUUAGCGAGGUUUAAGCGCCUGUUUUUGUACACAGGGGCAGGCCGAAGUGUAUGAAUGAUGGCAGCGAAUCCCUGGAGUCCCGUGCAGCCCUCCGCUGCUUCCUUGCUACUAGAGAAAUGUUUAGCAGCGGGCGUUUUAUCGCAGAAUGCCCUUGACCAAGCACAGCUGGAGGCACCAUGUUUCAGUCAUGCGGAAGAACUCCAAAGAAUAACAGAAAUCAAGGCUGAGAUAAACCAGAAGAGCUUGGAACUGGAAUUGCUAAGGCUGGAGAAAGAAACUGCAGAUAUCACUCAUCCUUUAUACCUUGGGCAGAAACAUCAGGCACUGCAAGCAAUGAACAGCCACUUGGAAGCAGUACUUAGGGAAAAACGCUCUUUAAGGCAGAGACUGGCUCAGCCAGUUUGCCAGGAGAAUUUGCCCAUUGAAGCAUCCUAUCACAGGUUCACUGCAGAACUAUUGCCGCUUGCAGUAAAUUUUAUUGAAAAGCUGGAAAUAUAUAUUAAGACUAUCCAAACUAUUCCAAAAAUUCCAGAUUGCGCUAGUAAUAUGGAUAAUGCCUUAAUGAGGAUGGAAUCUUUGGAAGCAGAAAUGGAGGAGGUGACAGAGCAGAUAUUGACAUGGAGAGAACAGCAGAAGACUGCAUUCCAGAUGAAUUCAGAUGCAAAUUCCAGUUGUAUAACUGCACAGACAUCAUAUUUAUCUAUUGAAAACCUGCACCCCUAGUAGCAGCACAUUUUGUAUCGGCAUACACCUUUUGAACUUUGUUGCCUAAAGAACAUCAAUAGAAGGACAGGCUCCCUGCAAAUAUAAAAUAUAAGCAAGAAUUUUGUAGCUAUGAUCCUUAUUAAUGUGGCCAAGUUGAAACCAUUUUUCUUAGCCUCCUUGAGUUUCUGAAUAUUUAUGGAGUAGGCCGCUGCUCCAAAAUGUUUAGGAAGUGCUCAGAACUUAAGUUGUUUCAUUAAAAUGCUUUAAUACAUAUUAUUUUAUAACUUGUCCUGUUAGGAGAAAGCUAUGUACCUGUUAACAAAACAGAGUAGCCCAGCAGGGUUGCCAGCCACCAUGUCCUAAGUCCUCUGCCCAGUUCUCUGCCUGCCAGGAGCACACUUACAGCCAAUCUGGUCUUCACUUAUUGUACAUACUCCAGGUCGGUCACUGGAAAGCUGGAGAAAAAACUUCAAGGACCCGACAUGCCAAUUGCCAUCCCUACUGUGCUGUUGUGCAAACAGUACAUUUCUGCAGGGCAUGUAUAGCUAUACAUGAUGCAACUUUCUUUUAAAUAUACAGGUAUGGGAUCCAUUAUCCGGAAACCCAGUAUCGUGAAGCUCCAAAAUUACGGAAAGGCCGCCCCCCCAUAGACAUUAUAAUCAAAUAAUCCAAAUAUUUAAAAAUUAUUUCCUUUUUCUCUGUAAUAAUAAAACAGUACUUUGCACUUGAAUAUAUAAUGAAUUCUUAUUGGAAGCAAAACCAUCUUAUUGAUUUUAUUUAAUGUUUAGAUGAUUUUCUAGUAGACUUAAGGUAUGAAGAUCCAAAUUACGGAAAGAUCUCUUAUCUGGAAAACCCGAUGUUGGUGAAAUUACUCGUGUGAACAGUUGCUGUUCUGCAAAGGUGUCUUUCUGAAGCCUAGGAAAGAACCCAAACAGUAAAUUAUGUAUUGAUUAUAGACCGUGAUUUAUUAUUCUGAGCUUAUUUUUCUAAUAUUUUUUACUUUUUUUUUUUUAAUAAAAAUAAACUAUAUCUAAAGCA